GGCGAGCGGCGCUCCGCGGGUGCGGGGCUGUGCGGGCAGCGGCGGCGACGGCGGCGGCGGCAGCGGCAGAAGCAGCAGCGGCAGGGUUUGCCUGGGCUGGCCGAGCAUCCUCCGACUUGGAACUGUCCGCUGGCGAAAGCUCCUGAACAUGAGCCUCCUGCCUCUCUACCUGCUCGGAUUGCUCCUCAGUAGCGGGCAAGCUUUACUUCAAGUAACAAUUUCACUUAGCAAAGUUGAGCUCAGUGUGGGUGAAUCCAAGUUCUUCACAUGUACAGCCAUUGGGGAGCCUGAGAACAUAGAUUGGUACAACCCACAAGGAGAGAAGAUUGUUUCUAGUCAGAGGGUGGUUGUUCAGAAGGAAGGUGUCCGCUCACGCCUCACCAUUUACAACGCAAACAUAGAAGAUGCUGGUAUAUACCGGUGCCAAGCAACAGAUGCUAAAGGACAAACUCAAGAAGCUACUGUAGUUUUGGAGAUUUAUCAAAAGCUCACUUUUCGGGACAUAGUAUCUCCACAAGAGUUCAGGCAGGGAGAAGAUGCAGAAGUUGUUUGCCGUGUUACGAGUUCACCUGCUCCCAUUGUCAGCUGGUUGUAUCGGAAUGAGGAAGUCACAACUAUUGCUGACAAUCGAUUUGCAGUUUUAGCAAACAAUAAUCUCCAAAUUCUUAAGAUCAAUAAAAGUGAUGAAGGAGUUUACAGAUGUGAAGGAAGAGUGGAAGCAAGAGGAGAAAUUGACUUUCGGGACAUAGUUGUUAUUGUGAAUGUCCCCCCUGCAAUCAUUCUACUGCAGAAAUCCUUCAAUGCCACGGCAGAUCGAGGAGAGGCAAUAACUCUGUUCUGCAGAGCCACUGGGUCGCCUCCACCUGAGAUCGCUUGGUACAGGAAUGGUAAACUUAUUGAAGAAAAUGAAAAAUAUGUCCUGAGAGGAAGCAAUACACAACUAACAAUAAGAGAUAUAAAAAAUAUCGAUGCUGGUCCUUAUAUCUGUAAUGCUAAAAACAAAGCAGGAAAUGACAAAAAACAGACAAUCCUUCAAGUUUUUGUGCAGCCUCAAAUAAUACAACUUAAAAAUGAAACCACAUUUGAGAAUGGGAAAGCAACUCUCAUCUGUGAAGCAGAAGGAGAACCUGUUCCAGAGAUUACUUGGAAAAGGGCCAUUGAUGGAAUGACUUUCUCUGAAGGCGACAAGAGCCCAGAUGGCCGUAUAGAAGUCAAAGGGCAGCAUGGAAAGUCGUCACUGCAUAUUAAAGAUGUGAAGUUGUCAGAUUCAGGGAGAUAUGACUGUGAAGCGGCAAGUAGAAUUGGUGGGCACCAAAAGAGCAUGUACCUUGAUAUUGAAUAUGCUCCGACAUUCCUGUCAAAUCAAACCAUGUAUUACUCUUGGGAAGGCAAUCCCAUCAAUAUAAGCUGUGAAGUGCUAGCAAAUCCAUCUGCCUCAGUUCAGUGGAAAAGAGGAAAAUUAGUUUUACCUGUAAAAAAUACAACUCAUUUGAAGACCUACAGUACAGGAAGAAAGCUGAUUCUGGAGAUUGCUCCCACAUCGGACAGUGAUUUUGGACGGUAUAAUUGUACAGCCACAAACAGAAUAGGAACAAGAUAUCAAGAAUAUACACUUGGUCAAGCUGAUGUGCCAUCAAAUCCGUAUGGAGUACGAGUUUUAGAGCUGUCACAAACCACUGCCAAGGUUUCUUUCAAUAAGCCAGAUUCACAUGGAGGUGUGCCCAUUCACCACUACCAAGUGGAUGUGAAAGAGGUAGCCUCGGAGACCUGGAAAAUAGUUCGCUCCCAUGGAGUUCAAACUAUGGUUGUUCUGAGCAAUUUGGAACCAAAUACAACCUAUGAAAUCAAAGUAGCUGCCGUAAAUGGAAAAGGGCAAGGAGAGUAUAGCAAAAUUGAGAUCUUUCAGACCCUACCUGUCCGGGAGCCAAGCCCCCCUUCAAUUCAUGGACAGCCAGAGAGUGGCAAGAGUUUUAAACUUAGCAUAACUAAACAAGAUGAUGGAGGAGCCCCCAUACUGGAAUAUAUUGUCAAAUAUAGAAGUAAAGAUAAGGAAGAUCAGUGGCUAGAGAAAAAGGUACAGGGUAGUAGAGACCACAUCAUCUUAGAGCAUCUUCAAUGGACCAUGGGUUACGAAGUACAAAUUACAGCUGCCAACAGACUGGGUUAUUCUGAACCAACAUUGUAUGAAUUCAGCAUGCCACCAAAGCCCAACAUUAUUACAGACAGAUGCUGUGGAGCUACUAGACGUGAAAAUGGAGGCCAGUCCCUGCAGCUGAAUGCUGCUGUUUUCUCUCUCAUUGUAGUCAUGAGUUUCUGGUGCAUGCUUUUAUACUGUUGAUGAUAAGGCAAGCAAUAUGUAUUCUUCCUAUCUCUCCUAAUUUUUUAUUUGCGGGAAAAUAAACACAGAUAUUAUAAAAUUUGUACUUUUCUACACCUCUUCCAAAGUUUCCAUUCCUAGUCAAGAUCCUAAAUAGUGUAAUUACUUCAGUCUGUGUGUGCAAAAUUCUUCAUGGGGCUUUUUGGAAACCUGGUGAGUUUUGUGACAAAUUCAAAAGAUGAUGCUUGACACAUCCAGUCAGACAGAACAUGUAGAAUCUGACUUACUGAAUUUGAUCAAUUUUCUCAACUAGAUUUUGAUUAUAAGAAAUUCUUGCAGAGACCUUACCACUGUCAGUUGCAUGGCUUUCCAGGAACACCACCAAUUCAUCUUCCAGGAGAGUAUUUUCAUUUUGUACUAAUCCUUUGCAAAGAGUUGUCCUUUCACUGGUUCCUGAAACAAGGUACUUAAAACUUUAUAAAAAUGGUUUAAGUCCAGGCUGGAUGGAGCUCUGAGAAACUUGGUCUAGUGGAAGGUGUUCCUGUCCACAGCAGAGGGUUGGAUGACCUUUAAGGUCCCUCAAAACCCAGGCCAUUCUGUGGUUCUGUGAAUAUGGACAUGUUUUGUGCUUUCUAAUGGAUUUUAACAAGCAUGUCUUCCCUAACCAAUUAUUUAUGAAUUGUUUUAGUUUGUAGUGUUUCAUUUCAAAUUCUUUUUCUGUGCCUCUCCACUGAUAUGCCUCAGCACAUAAAAUAGGUCCCUGCCCACCAAAGUCACUCUUUGUGACUUCAAAGGUGCCACAUUUCAUUUAAUGGCAUCUGUAGGACUUGGAAGCCCCAGGGGUUAAAUUUUGACCUGUAGUAAAAAUGGAAAAAGCAUUUUUUCCUGUUUUAUAUAUUAAAAGCAUGGCUUAUGAGCUCUGCAGCAGUGUGUGUAAAACUUCAGGAAAAAUAUUUCAUUUAAUAAGAGUCCAUAUUUAUAUUUUAGUGCAUAUAUUUGAUUUUAAAAUUUAUGUAGUUGUCUAGGUUUAUGAUUCAUUUCUCUGUUGCAUACAGGAAACCCAAGAAAGCAAUGCACUUUAAGGCAGGAUUAAAUAUUUAUUUUAAGACAGUUCCCUUCAAAUUGUUACUUAAUAUAACAAACAUGAUAAAUUAACUGUAUAUGUUGAUUUUUUCCUCCUUAUAGUUCAUACCUUUUGGGAUCUAAAAAAAGUUAUCUUGCCAAUUGGAAAUCAAUCGGUCAAAAUUAAGUACCUAUAUGUCUUCACUCAGCUAAAGGAUUUUCCUAUUUCUAAGAAAUAUUACGAUGAUUUUUACCAAUUUUUAAACAUUUUUGGAAGUCUUUCCUUUAGGACAUCAAAAUAAAACCUGUCCUCAUCUAAACAAGCUAACAACCAUUUUAGAAAAUUGGACUAUGUCAAAAGAUAGUCUUCAGUGACUAAGAUGUAAGAUGUCUUCAGUGUGUAAGUCUAUGGAAUAACUUAAUCCAUAAAAGACAGAAAUACUCUUUUAAAUAGUUCCCAUCUUUUGUGUAAUGAAGUAGCUGGAAUUGAAAAGAUUGCUAUGUGGCAAACAUUUGUUUUAUUGUGAUCUGCAGAUUAGCUCUCACUGUAAAGUCAAGCCACUGUUCCAUCCAUGGCCCUUGCCACUAUGUUCUGUCAUUUUGACUUAAUGUAAUGACAUUACUUUUAAAUUAAUUACAUUGAAGAGCACCUGACAUAGUGUGGUAAAGAAAGAUAUUUUCGCUUCUAAUUUUGUAGGGGUUGAAACUUUAGGUUUCCAUUUAGGGCCACUCAGGUGAAAGCCCAUUUUUCCAUGCACAAACAAUGGGAAUAUAUAUAUUGACUUUGUAAUUUAGUUGUAUAGGUGUUCUUCCAAUAUAUACUAUUUAUUUUUUAAAAUUAUCAAAUGCUUAUUGAACCAAGAGAUGUAACUAAUGAAGGCUAGAUAAUAUUUUUAACAAAACUUUUCAUUUAACUGUGUUACAGCAGAUUUGGAAUUACUAGCUUCUUUUCAUGUAAUUAUUGUACACAAGGUUACCAAAAAUUUUCAGAUUUGAGAACAUAUUUUCAAUUGAGUAUAACUUGGACAAAUGCUGUUGCUAAUGCUAAAUUUGUUUUUUGUGAAAGAAUCACCUUGGGCAGGAACUUUUGCAAGAGGUUUUCUUUUUUUUCUCUUACCAUUUCAAAAAUCCAGAUAGUGAAAAUGUUUGUUGUUGUCACUAUUGCCACUAUUGCCUUCUGUGGUAAAAAAACUGCAAGGAUAUCUCUACUUAUCGUCCAAGAACUGAAGAUUGGCUAAUAUUUAGUAAGUAGAUGCUGUAGUAGAUGCUAAAGGGGAAAGAAACCCACAGUACAAGCAUACUACAAACCACUGCUGGUAGAUCUUUCUCAGUCUGCAGGAGCUCAGUGGUGCGCAAACACUGGGACUCCCUUGUAGUCCAGGGGAGCAGCAAAUUCUUUCUAGGGGCUCCUCUUUGCAGUCACAUCCCUUUUGCAUUCUGAUCCCACUGCAAGACAGGCACUGCAUGCACAGGAGGGAACAGAAUCUUCUCUUGUGGACACAUAGUUGCUGUUCUGAACAGCAAAGGAAAUAAAAUUGCAGAUCCAAUCAAAACUAAUGAUCACCUACCACUGGAUUAAAGAGUCUUGAGUAACACUUAUAUUGUCUCAUAAACUGAAAAAUAAAAUAGGAUCUUAUAAGGUUGCACAGGCAGUCUGAUCCAAAUAGUUCCUUGUUUUGUAAAAUUUUCCUAAUUUUCUGAAAUUUUAAAUCUUGAUGCUAUUCUACUAAAUGUUCAAUAGAUUUUCACCUUCCGCACUCUUGUCACCGUUCUUAAUUUUUUUCAAUAAAGCAAGACUGGACACUACUACAGGUAUGCAGGAAAGCAGAAAAAUUAAAGAUCCCAUAUAAUUUUUCUAGUCCAGUAAGACAUUUGAAGAGCUCCUUACAGGCUAUAUAUUUAUUAUCUUAGCAAGUCAUUCUAACAUUGCAGAUAAGUAUAUGAGAAGACAAGAUAGGAAUUAGGGCACAGAGACUGAUCGACUGUGAGCUCUCCAAACAUACUGUGAAGAAGAUAAUGAAAAGCCUUGAGAAAUUUUAGAAGCUAAAUAUACAUUAUGAAUGGCAAGUUGUCUUUUAUCCUCAGUGUCACAAUGCCAGUGGGAUAAAGAGACAAAUUUGGAUCACUUAUCUUUUUUUUCCAACUGAUAGUAGCUUCAGCUGGGAACUAGAUAAAUUUGCUCUGUUAAGUGAGAGAAAUUUUAGGUCUGCUCCAAUUUAAAUUAUUCUGUGCUUUGUAUUUUGAGGUUAUCGAGUACUUUGAAUGUGAUCCUUUUCUUUUGGCCAUCCUCUUCCCAUCAAAUUCCAAAGAGAAUGACUUAGACCAAUAUUGUGAGUAUUAUGUGACUGCAGAGCCAGGCAGUUCUGGGCAGUGACCCAAAACCUCUGUAAUGAGAAAGAAAAAGUGGAAGAGAAUAAUGUCCUUGGGUUGUCAUAUAUCUCCUCAGAUGAAUGACUAAUACAGCUUUGUUUGUAGUUCUCUUUAUGAGUGUUUCAUAAUUGUGUCUUCAAAAACAAUGAGAGCAAGAUUAUUUCACAGUAUUUUGUGCAAUCUGUGUGAAUAUUCAGAAGAUUUUGAAAUCUUGGCUUCUUACUGACAAGAAUGAGAAAAAAUGAACAGACAUUUUCAAAUUAAAUUAUAAUUCAUAGGAAUAGACUGAACAGCUUAAAAUUGUAAUUUAAACUCUAUUAAAAUGAUAAAUAUGUCUUUAUAAAUUGAAUUCAAUUUACUUUUGACAUUAGUAUUUAAAUGUUAGAUAAGUAAAUUUGUUCCUUUAAAUGUUGUAAUUGCAAGAAGGAUUUUAGUUCUUAUGACUGACAGUAUAAAAUGUUACAAUUUUUUUAACCUUGUCACAUAUUUUGAAAUGCUAAUAUUAAACUGUCUAUAAUACUGAAGUCCUAAAAUAUGCUAUGCUGAGCUUGUGCCUUAAAUCCAAAUUGGUGGAUUAAAACUGGUAGAAACUUAAAAGGGGUAAUGAUUAUUCUGUGAUAUAGCAGUAUAUCUCUAAGGAACAGUAUUUUGAAAAUGUUCUGAUUUACAACCUUUAGAGUCUAAGGCUGGCUUCUUUCCUAAUCAGAUUUUAUUUGUUGUCUUUCUUCUUUCCAGAGUUUUGACAAGUUCCUAACAUUUACAAAUUGUUCACAAAUCAAAGUGUUUACAUAAUGCAACUUCAAAUGUGAUCCUUUUUUUACUGCUGUAGGGUUAUUAGAAUAUAAAUUGCUGUCUCUCUAAAGAGGAAAAAUAUUGCCCAGAAAUAGACACACAAAUUGCAUACAUUGGGUAUAAAAUAUAACUUCUGAAUGGUUUUUUGAAAUGUAAAAAACUUACUAUUACCAAAUAACAAAAUAACAAAAGUAUAAGGCCAACCACUGAUGCAAAAAUAUUAUGUACAUGUGGACAAUAUUUAUUUAAAAGAUAAACAGAUAUGGUUAUUUAAUUACACACAUAACCUUUUGACCAAUUCUCAGUCAGUUUUCAGGGUCUUACCAUGUACUCUCUCUCUCCAUUAUGGAAACCUGCAUAGGCACCACUCAAAUGUGUAUGCAAAUGUAAAGUUAACUAAUUAAGCCUGAAAAAAAAACAGUUGUUGGGCUUUUUUUUUUUGUUUUUUUGGGGUUUUUUUAAGACAUAAUGGAGAUUUAUACACAAUUUCUGGUUGUGCUAAUAGUUGCCAAUUUUCUAUCUGUUGUCCAGUUUGUUGAUGAUUUCUGAUUGUUCAUUUUUCAGGAAUUUUAGGAGCAAAGGAAAAAAUGAAAAUGUUACUUUUAGGAUGCAAGUUGAAUAUUAUAUAGAGAAAUGUAGCUUCUGAGGUCUAUAAUGACAUCACUGAAAUAUUUCCUGUAUUUAGGGCUUAUUUAUGCUUAUCACAUUUAUUUUAUCCAUUCAUUUUCUUCAGGCAUAUAAGGAAUGUUCAGUUUUCCAUUGCUAUAUAUUUAUCAGACAUAAUGUAUAAGUGAUGGAAAAUCACCUUUUCCCUUUAAUAUCAAUGACAUCUUAUAAAGUUGAUGGCAUCAAAUACCAAGUGUAGAGGUGAACCAACUUUCCCUGUUUAGAAACAGUAGCUGUAUGUAUGCUGUACACUUGAAUGCUGUGCUAAGUUUAGAUAUUUUACAACAAGAGCCAGAAACUGAGGUAGGAAUAUCCAUUUUUGUUCAUUUACUAUAGGAUCUGAAGUCCCAAGAAGCUGUGGUAGUAAUGCUUGCCACCAUACUACCUUUAUGUUGUACGAUACUCUUAUUAACAGCUCUGUAUAUUUAUUUUACAUGUUUAAUAUUUUUGUAGAGGCAAUUUCAAGUGCAUAUUUUAUUUACAUAAAGUUUUAAUUUUAAUGCAUGUAUUAAAUGCCCAUAAUAGAAGCAAAGUAAAUCUUUCUCAGUGUAUGUAUCCAACAGAAUUACAAAAAAAAAAUACAUACAAUGUACUAAAAACUAAUUCUGUGAAAAAUAUUGAAUACACUGCAACAUCUGUUUUCAAAAACAGUGUGAAAGGCAAGGAAAAAAUCCGGAUUUAAAGUAGUUAAUUUUAAUUUGUGAAACAUUGCUUGUUGUUAUCUUGUUCAUAAUUCACUACCAUUUUGCUCCAAUGAUUUUUUCAUGCAUGCAGCACUUGUUGUCAUCUCUGCUUUUUCCCUGAAGAACGUGUGCAUGAUGUAACUGUGAUGUCCCUCAGCACCUUUCCAAACACAAUGUCAAGAAAUAUAUCUAACUUAGUGUGUCUUUCAUCUGUUGUUCAAAGUUCAUUUUAGUUCAUGCAACGUCUGUCUUCAUUUUUUGUAAUAAAGGAAACUGACUUAAAACCAUUACUACCUGUAUUUUCUUUAUUGCUGAUAAAUGCUCUUUUUUUUCUUGUACUAUCUAAAUGAUGUAUUUUGCAUCUGCAGAGAUAAUUUUUAGCAUCGUAUCUGCAUUUUAUCUACAAUGGUUUAUCUAAUAGUGAAUAUUUAAAAUACCUCAAACUAAAAAAACACCAGAAAACAAAAAAAAUCAAAACCAAAACAAACCAAACAAACCAACAAACAAAAAACCCACCCCACCUCAAACAAAAUCACUAAAAUUAGAAUUCAUAAAUUAUAAGUUUUGCUCAUAAUAGGUGGCUGCCAUGCUACUGCGCUAGUGAAGCAACUAUGUGCAGUGUCUAUAUAAAUAUGCAGCCUGAGCUUGAUCCAUUCUGAUUUAAUCUACCUGAUUGAAGUUGUAUCCCCAAAGGAAGUUUUAAUACUGAGAAAAGAUGCCCUACCAUGCAGGACUCUGCUGGAAGUUGCAGUUGUAGCGGUUGAACAUUUUAAAGUAAAAACAUGCACCAUAUAUUGGCAUCACUUAUAAUAUUAAACUGGUCUUUUUGUAGCUAACAUAAUUUAUUAUUGUUAACCAAUAUUUAACAUACUAUUCCAAGUAUUACUUCUUAAAACUGUUUUGCUUGAAUUUACAUAGGUCUUAAAAAUGCUGUCAAACUUGAAUUAUUUUCUUAAUUUAAAUACAAUCCUGAGAUAGUUUGACUCUUUUUCAUAUCUCCUGGCUGCAGUACUCUACUUAGGAUUGUCAUCCACUGUAAAGAUGCAAAAAUUUCCCAUGUCUCUGUGGUAUAUGCACAGCAUGAUUUUGAAUUCUCCUAAAUGAAGCAAUUAAAAUAAUUUAUCCUUUUAUGUAAUAGCAUUUCUAAAACCACACAUAAGUGUGUGUUCUCAAUACUCACAUCAAUCUUAAUUAAUCUGCAGAGGUUCUUAGAAACCCCUCCUGGUAGAAAAUUUUAUAGAGCUGUUUAAUUUUUUGGUACUGCAUUAUGAUUUUUUUUUUGGUGCUCAUCAAUGGAUAAAAAAUUUUGAGACCUAUAUUUUCUGUCUUUUUAGAGGUUUUGAGUAAGUAUAUGCAUUUUGUAAGACUUUAAGUCUUCAUUUUUUGUAAAAUUUGUUCAUUUUACAAAAAUUUGUUCAUUUUACAUUUGUUCAUUUUUGUAAAAAUUGUUCAUUUUUUGAGUUUAGGAAAACUUCCAGAUCAGAUAUAAAAUCAAAGACAUUAUUCAGAGGCAGUGCAGAAAUAACCAGCAUGGUUGGGCACAUUUUUAAGGGUCAAUACAAAAGUGCAGUUCAACUUGAUAAAUAAGAAUGUUUCUUUCCUGCCACGACAUAGUGCAGUAUUUCAAUUUCACCCUCUCGUUAGUUCAUAAUUUUCAAAUUUUUGCUUUAGAUUGAAAGCAGUUUACUUUAUCUUCUGACUGUCUUGAAAGAAAGGCAAAACAUGUAUCAUAACUCUGCAACAUGCAUUUGUAAGCUAGGAAAGUAUUUUACAGCAUUGCUUUUUUUCCUUAAAAACCCACAUUACUGUAAAGGGGACGUUUGGGUAACAAUCUAUCUUUCCUUUUAACUUCAAUCCAUGCCUUCUAAGGAGGAGGAAAGGGAAAAAUUAACAAGAAGUUACUAACAUGCUUUUUUCUCCCCAACAAAACUUAAUAUCACUGAGGGUGUGAAAAGGAUGCCUGGAUGUCACUUUAUCCAACUCCCCAGAUCACGCAGAGUGCUUGUUAUAAAGCUUGCAAUUACUAUUUUAUUGUACCAGUAAUUGAAUAUACACAAUGAGAUUCUGUAAGAGCACAGAGAAAUUCUGUCACCUCAGAGGACAUGUGUUCAUUUAACAUCGGUCUGAACAUAUUGAUGUUGCAUGUUUUGUUCCUGUGCAGAAGCAAAAGCUUUAUUUUGCCAUAUGUAAAGCAGACCUGUACACUGGCACAGGUUGCCCAGGGAAGCUCUGGAUGCCCCAGUCCUGGAAUGCUCAAGGCCAGGUUGGAUGGGGCUCUGAGAGUACUGGUCUAGAGGGAGGUGCCCAUGGCAGGGGAGUUGUAAUGGGAUGAGCUUUAACUUCCCUUCCAAACCAAACCAUUGUCUGAUUCUGUACACACAUACAGAUGGAGAUUCUCCCUUUUGACCUGCUUCCCUUAGAGUAUUUGGUGCAGAACCUUUACAGGAAUUUCGUCUGAACUUACAUUUGAGAGUCCAGAAAAUGCAUCUUUUCACUUAGUUCUUUUCACUGGAAAAUUUCUUUUUACUUGCCAAAGUUCUUCAUUCCUCUUUCUCAUCAAAUAAUGAUUCCUGAAAAAAUGUUCAAUUAUGUCAUUAGAAAUCAUUAGAAACAUAACUUAUUCAAUAAGAACUUGAAUAUUGCCAAAACUUUCAAAGACAUUUGUAGAAACUUGCUUUUGGUUUUUGUUUUAGUUCAUUU